GGAGGAGGGACCGGAAGUUGUUUUUCUUCACUGUUUAAUUGGGCCCGAGAAAGAAAAUUGGAGGCGAAGCGUAAACACGGAUUUUCUUUGGGAUAAACGGACAGGACUGGCUGCUAAGACGAUGCCACACUCCAGACGGUACCCAUCCUCGGAGAGGGCCAGCCACUGCAGCUACCAAGAUCGUUAUCGGGAACGGGACAGAGAUCGAGGGAGAAAACCUCGGCAUCGCCGCUCACCGACGUUCUCCUCCAGCAGUGAAUGUGAGAGGAGGGGGAGAGGACACAGACAGAAUCCCGGCUAUGCCCGAUCCAGGAGCUACGACAACCGCUCUUCAGACCGCAGGCCUUACGACAGACAUUACGGCGAGAGCUAUCGGCACCUGGACCACAGCCGCGACUGGGACAGGGAGCACGGGACGCCGAGCAACUACUACUCCCGCGACACCUCGCCCAGCUACGACUACCGCCGGGGCCACGAUCGGGACCGUGAGGACUCGUACCGGAGGAAAGGCAGCAGGCGUAAGCACAAACGAAGGCGGCGUAGAACCAGGUCCUAUAGCCCAUCGUCCUCGCCCCAGGAUUUGCGGAGUGACAGCGGGACGCGGGCACUUUGUGUGAGGGACGACGAGGAGGGUCACCUGAUCUGUCGGAGUGGCGACGUCCUGCAAGAGAGAUAUGAGAUUGCCAGCACUUUGGGCGAGGGCACCUUCGGGAGGGUGAUGCAAUGUAUUGAUCAUCGCAGGGGUGGAGCACAUGUCGCUCUGAAGAUCAUCAAAAAUGUGGAGAAGUACAAAGAGGCUGCCAGGCUGGAGAUCAACGUACUGGAACGAAUCAAUGAGAAGGAUCCUGAGAAUAAGAAUCUGUGUGUGCAGAUGUUUGACUGGUUCGACUAUCAUGGCCAUAUGUGUAUCAGUUUUGAGCUGUUGGCUCUCAGCACUUUUGAUUUCCUCAAAGAAAACAAUUACCUGCCCUACUCCAUUAGCCAAGUGCGUCAUAUGGCCUACCAGAUCUGCUUAGCUGUCAAGUUUUUGCAUGAAAACAAAUUGACCCACACAGACCUGAAACCAGAAAACAUCCUGUUCGUCAACUCUGACUUCACAAUAACAUACAAUGUGGAGAAGAAGCGAGAUGAGCGUACUGUGAAGAACACAGCAGUGAGGGUGGUGGAUUUUGGCAGCGCUACAUUUGACCACGAGCACCACAGCACCAUUGUUUCAACCAGGCACUACAGAGCACCUGAAGUUAUUCUAGAAUUGGGCUGGAGUCAGCCGUGUGAUGUGUGGAGUAUUGGCUGUAUCCUCUUUGAGUACUACCUCGGCUUCACUCUUUUCCAGACUCAUGAUAAUCGGGAGCAUUUAGCCAUGAUGGAGAGAAUUUUGGGCCCUGUUCCAUCCCGUAUGAUUCGUAAGACUAGGAAACAGAAAUACUUUUAUCGUGGACGUCUGGACUGGGACGAGAACUCUUCAGCAGGACGAUACGUCAGAGAAAACUGCAAACCUUUACGGAGAUAUCUUCUGUCUGAAGCUGAAGAGCAUCACCAGCUCUGCGAUCUGAUCGAGGCCAUGCUGGAGUACGAGCCAACGAAGCGUCUCACUCUGGCUGCAGCCCUGAGACAUACUUUCUUUCAGAGCACCAUCAGCAGCGCUGACCAGAGCGCCGGCAAGAACUGGGAGGGCAACCGUGACAUCAGUCGGUGACAGUGACAUUCGUCUUCAACCAACGUCUCUCUCUGUCUUACGCC